AUGAAGACUUCGACUUCCGGCUGCUACCCUUGCGGAAAAUGCGAGUUGUGCGGCCGCUCCAGUGGAUCCACGCUGACCGAGCUGAAGAAGCAAAUUGCGAACGUGGAGGCCAAGCUGAACCAGCAGAAGAAUCUCUACGACAAUGUCUGCAUGGACAGGAAUAUGCAGGCCAAGAGUUUGGUGGAGUCCAAUGAAGAGAUUGCGGAGAUGAACCGGAAGUUCAAGAUCAUAUCGCAUCAGACCACAGCGCUCAAAGAGGAGCUGCGCGAGAAGGACAGCCGACUGGUCCGCGGCCACUUUGAGCAGAAAGAGUUGCUGAAGCACAACGACAAGCUCAAAGACGCCAAGGAGCGGGCCCAGCGCAGGCUCAAGAGCCUCACCAACAUCGUGGAGACUCAGCGGUCGCAGCUGAAGAAGCUGGAGAGCACCAUCCAGGAGGCCGAGCAGGAACGGCAAGCCCAGCUCAAGGAGCUCGAGGGUGUCGUCGGCGAGCGUGACAUCCUGGGUGCCCAGCUCAUUCGGCGGAAUGAGGAGCUGGCGCUCCUCUACGAGAAGAUCAAGAUCCAGCAGAGCACGUUGCAGAAGGGAGAGAUCCAGUACGAGGAGCGGAUCAAGGAGGUGACGAAGCUCCGUGCCCAGAUCCGCGCGUGCAAGGGGGAGGUGGGACAUGCGAAGCUGCAGGUGACCAACGUCGAGGGCCUCAAGCAAGAGAUCCACUUCCUGAACAAGACGCUCCUGCGCGAGGAGACGAAGGCAAAGGCCUUGCACGAGGAGCUCGAAAACCCGAUGAACGUCCACCGCUGGAGGGAGCUUGAGUCCUCGGAUCCGGCGACCUACCAGAGCAUUCUCAAGGUGAAGGCGCUGCAGAAGCUCCUGAUCUCGAAGACGGAGGAGGUAGUUGAAAAGGAUGCGCUGAUCCAGGAGAAGGAGAAGCUCUACGUGCAGCUGAAGAACAUCAUCGCCAGGCAACCGGGACCCGAGGUCGCCGAGCAGCUGUCGUGGUACAGCCAGAACCUCAAGGAGAAGACCGGGCACAUGAAGCAGAUGGCCCAGGAGUUGGAGAUGUACCACAACCAGGUCCAGGACCUGAAGGAGGAGAUCGAGCGGCACAACAAGGACUUCCAGGGCACCAAGCAGGCCUACUUCCAGAUGCUCCGCGCGCAGCUCAAGAGUCAGUCAAUGUCUUCGCAGCAGGCGGGCGGCGAGUAA